UGGAGGUAGAGGUACCAUAGGCGUUCUCCAGUGGGUUUAGUCGACGCACUGGGACACAGAGACUCCAACGUGUUUCUUAUAUUUUUCAACACAUUUUUCAUGAUUUUUAACGGUUUUCCUCGGGUUUAGUGCGUGAAGGAGGGAGUUCAGAUACCCUUGAAAACUCUUGAAUGAGUAAACUACAGACAAACUACCUUUGAAGAUGACCGUAGCUGAGUGCACGUUGGACAUUUCCAAUGUCUCCCAUUCGACGUCGGUUAUUAUUGAGGGAGGUGGGUGUGUUGGCAAGCCCACUGCUGUCCUGAGGGAUGUUUCUGCGAGGGUUCACGGGGGCGAAGUUCUCGCUGUACUCGGGUCUAAAGGAUCUGGAAAGAGAGCUCUUCUAGACGUUAUUGCUGGAAGGGCUGUAGGUGAAACUCGCGGUCGAAUCACCCUCGCAGGCUCCACCCUGAAUGCAGAUUUAUUUCGUCGUCAUGGAGGAUACGUGGCUCACCGAUGCUACCUUCUCCCCAGCCUGACAGUUCGUCAAACUCUCACAUACGCCACAUGGCUGGCAAACCUGAGCAACCGAGAGCUGCGAGUGAGGCAGACCCUAGCAGAUUUGGCUCUGUCCCAGGUAGCAAACCGAUCUGUGAACGACCUCACUAGAGCUGAAUAUCGAAGAUUGAUGUUAGGAGUUCAACUGGCGAAAGAUCCGAUGAUUCUGCUGCUGGAUGAACCUACCUGGGACACAGAUCCACUGAACACAUAUCUGAUUGUCUCAAUGCUCUGGUCUUACGCCACCAAAAGAGGAUCUAUAGUUGUUCUGACGAUGGAAACACCGAGAUCAGAUGUUCUGCCAUUUGUCAGUCGAGUUACACUACUUUGUCUCGGUGCUGUCGUCUACUCCGGACCAACUCGUAGCAUGCUGGACUAUUUCACUUAUAUUGGAUUCCCCUGUCCAGAAUUGGAGAAUCCUCUGAUGUAUUAUCUUUGUUUAUCAACCGUUGAUCGACGCUCCCGAGAUCGGUUUAUGGAAUCAAACCAACAGAUAUCUGUUCUGGUCGAUAAAUUUAAGAUCGAGGGCGGGUUGUAUCUGCGCGAGGGCCCUCAAGCAGCGGCAAGUGUCAAGGAAACACCUGUUGGAUAUUUACAUAAACCUUGUGGCCUUGGCCACGGAAUUCGACCUGGAUGUUUUUCCACGCUUCUAGCUCUAUUCUUAAGAGGAAUGGCCGCAACUUUCUCAUUUAAUAAAUGUGGUCUAGGACACUUCGCAGUAAGAGUCCUUCUCUUACCCUUUUGCCUCGCAUUAUUGAGUAUUCUAUACUCGCAUUCAAGCCCGAUACAAUCACGAGUGUUUAUGCAGACUACUGGAUUAGUGUUUAAUACUUUGACACUGUUUUAUAUGGCUGGCAUUGGUACAACGGCGCUUUUGUUUCCUGGAUUUCGCGCUCGCUAUUAUCAAGAGAAGCGCGAAGGUCUUUACGGUGGAGCCAUGUUCCUCUCUUCGUAUACCCUCCUGAGUCUUCCCCUGAGCUUUAUAACGACGUUGAUAACGGUAGGAAUAUUAACCCCAAUCCUGGAGUUGAAUCUCGUCUCCUGGGGGUACGCAUCAGGUGCUCUCUGGGCGAGUUUCGUAGCUGCUGAGCAACUCACUAUCGCCUUCUUCAUGAUCAUAAAACGACCCAUGACCGGUGCUAUAACAGUUCUCUACGUAGCGCUUGUUGCGCUGGUAAUUGGUUCUGGUGGGAUCAGAAGCUUGAGGAGUCUUCCUGACUGGAUUGCUGCUCUCUCCACAGCUUUGCCGACGAGAUAUGCCUCUCUGGCUGUUAAUCAGCUGACUAUUGAGAUCCCCACGUUAUCGGGACUACGGUACAAUGAGACUCUUCCCUGUCCGGGAAUCCCUGGAUGGUGCAGGUAUCCCGAUGGACGGACGUUCUUGGUCGAGAGGUUCACCAGGGAGGGCGAAAACACUCAUCAAGUAUUGAAUGUUGAUCUUAACUUAUUAAUUUCUCUUGCUUUUGCUCUUGGUUUCAUUAUUUUCAACAGCAUCCUUUAUUUAUUACCAUUACCCGCGAGAGUAAAAGCUAAAUUCCGAGAGUAAAAUGGAGGAAUUUAAUUGUAUAGCUGAUGGUAAUGAUUUACACUGUUUUUAAUGAAUAUUUAUUCUGCUGGAGAAAUUUUUAUUCAGUUGAAAUAAAAAAGAAUUUUUCAAGGUAUUAAUAAUUGUUGCUAAAGUAAAAUUUAUAACGUAAUGUUUCGGAAUGUUGAAUGACGUAUAAAAUAAUACUUUUAUUAUACGAUACAUUUUCAGAAUAUUUAAUUAAUAACAUGUAUAUAAGUUUUAGUGUCUUUUUUAUAGAAAAUAUCUCUGUAGAAAAUAAAUUAAAUAAAACAGAAGCGAUCA